UCUGGUGUGGAAAUCCUGCUGACGUCACAUUUUGUGUAGUUGCCCGCGACCACGUGCGUGAACUGGCAGACAGGAGGAUAUUUAUUUGUCAAUGAAUUAUGUAAAAAUCCUAUGCUGCAUACAAUCCUAAGGUGAAAGAAUAUCUUAAAUGCAGGAUGUAUUUAGUUUACUCCAUAUUUAUCAUAGCGUUGAUGGAAUGUUUGACAGAUGACUUGUUUUUUUACAUUUGACAUGGUUUAAUUCUUACUUUGUAUCCCCCAAUAGGAUUUUUGUAACUAACUCGGUAUGUUUGUAUAUUUUUUUCUCAUCAAUUACCGCGAGGACAGGGACCAUGUAGCUCUGGGAGUUUCACGGAAGUGACGACUAUUAUACCGAUGGCGGCCCUCAUUACGGUUCCGGCUUGGAAGCUAUUUUGACGGCGUCCACUGUGACUUUCUGCGUGUUUUUUUAAAUGGUCUCAAAUAAUCAGAUAUUGAAGGGUACCUUACUAAGUGCACUUGGCAAUGCUUAAUACAGGUUUCCAUUGAAGCAGCAACUUGGCUAGUUAUUGUCCGAGACAUUUACUCCAAACUCCACAAGACAGUCUUGCUACAGGUUAUCCGUGAACGCUAAGAAUGUCUUCUUGACAAAACCAACUCAUAGCUUUUUGCCCAUUUAGUCGGGGCUUUUAUUUUGUGUUAGGUAUAACGUUAGUUGUUGUAGAGCGAGGUCUUCAAGGGGAAAACAGGCCGGCCCAAUAACUGGGUUAUAACUGUUAAUAUAAAGAGUCGACGUACAGGUAGGGGAUUCUGGAGGGAAGUGGCUAGCUUUUAGCUGGCUACUAUUGUAGCUAGCUGAAGCUGGACUCUCUGCUUUAUCAAAGUCGUUUGGACCUGGACUAUCAACUUUGUGGACCAAUUUUGGAUUAUACGCUUGGAGGUUUGCUGCAUCGAUCUUGACGUACCAACAUGCUGAAAACUCGUCAGUGUUUACUCGGGAUUAGGACUUUUCUUGGAGUGGCGUCCAGAAUAUGGGGUUUCAUUUUGUACAUACUCAGGAAGCACUUAAGAACGAUAAUUCAGUAUCAAACAGUGCGCUAUGACAUAUUACCUCUCUCACCUGUGUCCAGGAAUAGACUGAAUGCUGUCAAACGUAAAAUCCUGGUGCUGGAUCUGGACGAGACGUUGAUCCACUCCCACCAUGAUGGGGUCUUGAGACCUAAUGUCCGACCUGGCACGCCACCAGACUUUAUCCUUAAGGUGGUAAUAGACAAACAUCCAGUAAGGUUUUUUGUCCAUAAACGACCACAUGUGGACUUCUUUUUAGAAGUGGUAAGCCAAUGGUAUGAGUUGGUGGUGUUCACAGCCAGUAUGGAGAUCUAUGGCUCAGCUGUGGCAGAUAAAUUGGAUAAUAAUAAGGACAUUCUGAGGCGCAGAUACUACAGACAGCACUGCACUUUGGAUCUAGGUAGCUAUAUUAAGGACCUGUCGGUGGUGCAUAAUGACCUGUCCAGUAUAGUCAUACUGGAUAACUCUGCUGGAGCGUAUCGCAGCAACCCAGACAAUGCAAUACCAAUCAAGUCGUGGUUCAGUGAUCCUAGCGACACUGCACUUUUAAAUUUGUUGCCGAUGUUGGAUGCACUAAGGUUUACGUCGGACGUCCGAUCCGUCCUCAGUCGAAACCUACACCAGCAUCGACUGUGGUGAUUCUGUCCACUGGGGCCUGCCUUCUCUCCGAGCCCCAGCUCUCGGUUUUGUGAAAAUGCCUCUCGCUGCCGUUCGUUAGCCCCAUAGACCCUUCAUCCACUACUGAAGCAGUCAGCCCUUCGUCUCCAUACCACUUCUGCUGAGGAAGUGGCGUGCACAGAGUUUGAGGAAUGGGGAAGAUAACGAUUUUAGAGACUCAUAUGGACUCUUACCACUGGGGCAGAGAGGCCUGCAUCUAUGAUGAUUUUUUUUCCUUUUUUUUCUAUUGUCCAAAAUGGAAACUUUGCCUUACAGUCCUGGGAUUCUGAGUGUGCAUGUUGAGUAUUCGUGCGAGAGUGCUUGUGUUUCAGCAUUUUUUUCUUUUCUUUUUAAUACAGAAGAAACAACUGUGGCUAAAUGGUCUUUCCCCUGUCACUGUCAGGGCACUUAUUUCCCCCCAGAUCUUUAUUAGUCCAGGUUUUACACCAUACCCAGCUCUUGUCCCUUCCUGUCCUCAGCCUUGCUGACUACCAUGCUCAGGUAAAGUCACGUCAUUGGUCCCCAUCACUGGAAUGUGAUGAGCCAUUAAGUAUUUUUAAAUAUAGAUUUUUUGUUGUUGUUGUCCAUAGUGACGAGCUGUGGUUCAAAUCUCAAUGAAUGAGUUAUUAGCAAUAUCAACUAUUUAUCCUAUGAUAUUGAUUUUUAUUGAGAUCUCGCUUGGGCAGAAUCUAAGAAGAAUUGUAAUAAUUUGUAAGGGAAAAAAUUAAAGACUAUUUUUACUGUUGUAAAAGAUUUCUGCUCUCUCCCCAGAAAUCAACCAAAAAAAUAAACAAAUAAAAUAA